AUGGCCCGGUACGCUAAAUCGCGGGAAGAGACGCUGCGCAAUAGCGGCAUGCUGGAGUCACCGCUCACCGAGGCUGAACAGCGAGAGUUGGCGCUGGUCCGCGACGAGUGUCGCUUCCCAGCGCGCACUCCGGCUACCCCUGUGCGCCGGCCGUUCUCAGCGGUGGACUCCGGCUCGGAGGGUGAGUCUGCAGCAAAGCGCCCAUGUGCACCGUCGUACACACCGGGCUUACCUGGCGAACCCCGACUGGCACCAGGUCGCCGCCUCGACAUGGGGCCCUCAGGCCUGCCACCGUCUGAAACCGCUCCGCCGUCUGAAACCUCUCCGCCGUCUGAAACCUCUCCGCCGUCUGUAACCGCUCCGCCGCCCGCCGCCCCCUUGGCUGGCAGGGCAGCGAGCGCCAUCGCACCCUCUGGUGCUACCGAUGCCACAUCUUUUGGAUCUGAUGACCCCGUUGCUCCGGCUGGUGACGGCGCCGCCCCUAGGAUGCCGGUGGCGCCAUCAUACGCAGUGAUGGUGGCCGCUCCUACAGUUCAUGCGCAGCCCCCCAGAGCCCCUGAGGCCCCGAAGAAACCUGCAUACCCACCCAUUGUUAUUGAAUGCCUCCCCAAUUAUGUGCAUCAUCUGGGGAGGAUUAGGCAAAUUUUGGGACGCCCCGCUAAUACCAGGGCAUACGGUAAGGGUUACCGUAUUUCUCCCGAGUCAGCUGACGAGUACCGGGUGAUCCAGCGUUACCUCUCGGACCUGGAGCAGGAGGACCGCCGGGUCUCCUGGUUUUCGUACUCCAUACCAGCAGAGAAAGACCUGAAAGGUUGCGGGCCGUGCAGAGCACCACACUACGGCGUAUCGUCGACGCGCCGCGCUACGUAA